UUAGUAUUCCAGAUGGGAUGCCUAUAUGGUUAUUUUAUGAAACAAAAAUAGCCUGAAAGCUCUAAUUAAUUGGAGUCUUAAUAAAAAGAAUCUAAAGAAAUUGAUCAAAAUGAGUAAGCCGAAAUUUCUAAUAAUUCAAGUCAAGAGACAUAUAAGCGUUGGUAAAUGGAUUGUAAUAAAUUUAAAUAUGAUUUAAUAAAACUAAAUAAAGAUAGCUACUUCUAUGUUCUCCUAUUCGUAAAUAUUUAAUUUUAUCAUUACCAAAGAGAUAUUAUAACAAAAGAGGUAAAUUAGUAUGAAGUAGAUGGAUUUCUCUAUAAAACUGAGUAUGAUGAAGAUUUCAAUCCAAAAUAUAUACUUUAAGAGGGGAGGUUCUUGAUAAAUUUGUAGAGAGGAACUUUUGAACUAAAUGGUGAAGGUGUUGAAUUUUUAGGAAAGUCGAAAUUUAGAAAACAUGAAGGUAAAUUUUAAAAUGGAAGAUUUAUCUCUAAACAACAAAAUAUAAUAAUUAGUCAGAAUGAAAAUCAACCUCGAAAAAUAAAUAAUUAAAAAAAAAUUAUUAUCAAGGACGCAGCAACAGGAUUAUAGAUUAAUAAGUAGUAGUAAUAAAAUAGAUACUAAAGGAAUCAUAACUAAGAUGUAUGGUGCAAGUAUAAUUAGACAUUUUCAAAUAAUGAUCUUAAUAUAUUAAAGAAUAAAGGAUGGAUGACAAGCAGUAUUAUUGAUGGUUAUGUUCUUUACCUUAAUUUUGAAAGUGAAAAGUAAUAUUUCUAGCUUUAAGAAACAGAGAGAAAGAAUGUUUAACGUGUCUUAUUUUUACCAAGUAGCUUAACUACAAACUUUGGAAAAAACUUUACUUAUGAUAAAGUAAGAAAGUUAUUAGAAUAAGAAUUACUUUAAUAUUCAUAAAUGAAUCUCUCAAUCUAAUUGAUUUAUAAAAAAGUGGGGAUUCCAAUCAAUUAAAAUAAUUUUCAUUGGUACUUUCUUUUGAUUGAAUUUGAUACUAAAGUUGAGAUCUUUGAUUCUACACAAAAUUCUAUUACUAUAUCAGGCCAUGCUGAUAAGUUAAUAAAAACUUUGCAAGAAGUUCUACAGAUAAAAUGUAAGACAAUAGUAAAUAGCAAAGAAUCAGGGAAACAAAGAAAUGACUAUUCAUGUGGAUAUCAUGUUUGCAAUUAUAUGAAAUUUGUAUAAUAAGCAUAAUUUAAUAAUAAUAAUAGAAGGUACGAUUAUCAAGAAAAUAAAAUUAUCCAAAUAUUACAGGAACUAAUAGACAAAUAAACUAAAUGA